UAAGCCUCAGUAUGCUCUCCCUUUUCCCCUCCCUGCUUCAAACAAUCCCGGGAAGCAGCACUGACCCUCGCCCCCCAUCCUUCCUCUCUGACCCCGCCUUGGCAGCAACCCAUCCGGCGGCCUCCUGGCGCCUUAGUCGGCCGUCAAUAGGCGGGCUACGCGAGUCGCUGCCUCUCGCUGCUGCUUCUCCCGCCCGUCCCCGAAGAAGGCGGGCCGCGGGGAUCCGGCUCCUCCUCGCGGGCGGCGCGUACUGGUGGGGCGGGCGGCAGGAUUAGCUCAUCUCGGCCGCGGAGGCAGGCCAGCCAGCAGCAGCAGCAGCAGCGGUAUUUAGCAAGUGGCAGCGGCUCGUCCGCGGCAGCUUCAUUCUUUCCUGCCUGCCUCGUUCCGGGUUGCUUCUCAGCGGUGGCUGCGGACUGACGGAGCGCGUUCCUUCUCACCCAGUCUCCUCCUCCUGCGUUUCUCCGGCCGGCUCUAUGGCUGUUUGCAAUGGAGACGCCAAGUUGGAGAAUGCUGGAGAAGAUCUCAAGGAUGGCCUGUGCCGCUAUGAGGGAGCUGUAGUCAUACUCGAUGCUGGAGCCCAGUAUGGGAAAGUCAUAGAUCGCCGAGUCAGGGAACUGUUUGUCCAGUCAGAGAUCUUUCCUUUGGAAACGCCUGCCUUUGCCAUCACAGAACAGGGAUUCCGGGCUAUUAUCAUAUCUGGAGGACCAAAUUCGGUUUAUGCAGAAGAUGCUCCCUGGUUCGAUCCAGCAAUAUUUACAAUAGGCAAACCAGUUCUUGGAAUCUGCUAUGGCAUGCAGAUGAUGAACAAGGUGUUUGGAGGUACAGUACACAAAAAAGAUGUUAGGGAAGAUGGAGUCUUCAGCAUUACUCUGGAUAAUACAUGUUCACUGUUCAGGGGACUCCAGAAGGAAGAGAUUGUGCUGCUCACCCAUGGAGAUAGCGUAGAUAAAGUAGCAGAUGGAUUCAAAGUUGUUGCACAGUCUGGCAAUGUUAUAGCAGCUAUAGCAAAUGAAUCUAAAAAACUGUAUGGAGCACAAUUCCACCCUGAAGUUAGCCUUACAGUAAAUGGGAAAGCAAUGCUGAAGAACUUCCUUUAUGAUAUUGCUGGCUGCAGUGGCACCUUCACAGUUCAAAACAGAGAAAUGGAGUGCAUUCGAGAUAUCAAAGAGAAAGUAGGCUCAUCAAAAGUCCUGGUUUUACUCAGCGGCGGUGUGGAUUCAACUGUGUGUACAGCUUUACUGAACCGUGCUUUAAAUCAAGACCAAGUGAUAGCAGUGCACAUAGAUAAUGGAUUCAUGCGCAAGAGGGAAAGUCAGUCUGUGGAAGAGGCACUCAAAAAGUUGGGAAUUCAAGUCAAAGUGGUAAAUGCAGCUCAUUCGUUCUACAAUGGUACAACAACUCUGCCCAUCUCUGAGGAAGACAGAACUCCACGAAAAAGGAUCAGUAAAACACUGAAUAUGACGACAAGCCCUGAGGAAAAACGUAAAAUUAUUGGUGACACUUUUGUGAAGAUUGCUAAUGAAGUUAUUGGAGAAAUGAACCUGAAACCAGAAGAAGUCUUCCUCGCUCAGGGAACGUUGAGGCCUGAUCUCAUUGAAAGUGCUUCUGUGGUUGCCAGUGGCAAAGCAGAAGUCAUCAAGACUCAUCACAAUGACACAGAGCUCAUCAGAAAGUUGAGGGAAGAGGGCAAAGUAAUAGAACCACUGAAAGAUUUCCAUAAAGAUGAAGUAAGAGUGCUUGGGAGAGAAUUGGGUCUGCCAGAAGAGCUGGUCUCAAGACAUCCAUUCCCAGGUCCUGGCCUUGCAAUUAGGGUAAUAUGUGCCGAAGAACCAUAUGUGUGCAAAGACUUCCCUGAAACAAACAACAUUUUGAAAAUCAUAGCUGACUUCUCUGCAAGUGUUAAAAAGCCUCACACUCUGUUGCAGAGGGUCAAAGCAUGUACAACUGAAGAAGACCAGGAGAAGUUGAUGCAAAUUACAAGUCUGCAUUCAUUGAAUGCCUUCUUGCUGCCAAUCAAAACUGUAGGAGUACAGGGUGACUGUCGUUCCUAUAGCUAUGUGUGUGGGAUCUCGAGUAAGGACUCUCCACACUGGGAGUCCCUUAUGUUCCUAGCCAGACUCAUACCUCGCAUGUGUCACAACAUAAACCGAGUUGUCUACGUGUUUGGCCCACCUGUCAAAGAACCUCCCACAGAUGUUACUCCCACUUUCCUGACGACAGGAGUCCUCAGUACAUUGCGGCAAGCUGAUUUUGAAGCUCAUAAUAUUCUCAGGGAGUCUGGUUAUGCUGGAAAAAUCAGCCAGAUGCCAGUAAUCUUAACACCAUUGCAUUUUGAUCGAGAUCCCCUUCAGAAGCAGCCUUCCUGUCAAAGAUCAGUAGUGAUUCGAACCUUUAUUACUAGUGACUUCAUGACAGGUGUUGCAGCAACCCCUGGCGAUGAGAUACCAGAAGAGGUUGUGUUGAAGAUGGUGACAGAGAUUAAGAAGAUUCCUGGCAUCUCCCGGGUGAUGUAUGACUUGACUUCAAAACCUCCAGGAACAACUGAAUGGGAAUAAUUAUUCCCCUCCCCGUAUGAAAAAGUACUGUAUGCAGUUUUAAAUUAUAUCAGAAACCAUUCCCAGUGUUGACAUGCAGUACUGUGAAAAGAGUGACUGGAGCUGCUGCUACAUCACAUGUGAUUUUCCCCCAUCUCCUGGAGCAUAAUCUGCAAAUUAAGAGUGGCGUGGGGGGCAGAGAGGUAAGAUAAGUGGGCUGAGGAUACGUACGGGUAAAUAAUUAGGGCAGUGUUGCCUACGUGCAGAUAGAUUCAUAUUGCUUUGCCUUUUUUUGGUCUUAUUGACUCUUCCUGUUCUUACUGUUAUGUCAUUUCAAUGUCUCUUUUUUUUUUUGUAUACUGUGUAAACAGAGACAAUUUAUUUACAUUUACCAAAACCCUUUGUUGGAGCCUAUUAAUAAUGUAAAAUGGGGAGGAAAAAAGUGACCAACUGCUUUUGAAACAGAUUUAUUAUAAAUAAAUAUUUUGCCAAAUGGA